GAAGUUAGCUUAGAGUUGUUGGUAACUAUUAUUUUAUAAACACAACACAACACAACACUCUGACUCGUGCUCGUGUAGUGAGACCUGUUUGGUUCUGUUCUGUAUUCAACAUAACUUAUAAACUAAAAUAUACUUAUAUUAUAAUUUUAAUAAAACAAUCAUUGACUUCACUUGCGGCUUUUCCAUCUUGAAUUGUAACAGAAAACUUUUAAACAACUUGUUUCUUUUAUUUGAUUUUAUUUAAGUGUGUUAUUAUUAAGUGUUUCAAUAAAAAAAAACAAUCAACAUGAGCAACAAUCAAGAAUCCACAUCUUCAAAUGACAAUAAAAUUACCAAAAAUGAAUGCAUUUGCAUUGAUGACCCAGACUUCAAUGAUUUAAAAGAUUACAAUUUGGACACCAAUAGACAUGAAGCAUCUGUGGCGGGUAUUCUUCCACAUCCUGGUUUACAUUUAUUCGUAAGCGUUCAAUCACCAAUUGCCAUUGAACACGAACGAUCACGGAAACAUGAUCAUUUUGAUCCACUUGAAUUUCAUGGCCAUUGGGACAACGUGGGAACAGCUACUUUCACUAAUACUGGCACCACAGCUCAAGUUAGAACUCAACGUGACACUUUACCAACUUUAAUGGGUGGCCCAUUACAUAAUGAAUACUAUUUUGAACAAUUACACUUUCAUUGGAGUGAGGAUGAUGAAUCUGGAUGUGAACAUAUUUUCGAAGGACGUGCAUAUUCCAUGGAAGCUCAUGCCGUACAUUACAAUUCUAAAUACGGAUCGUUUGCCGAAGCCGCUGACAAACCUGAUGGCCUUGCUGUUGUUGCAUUUUUCUUACAGGCAUUGGAUGAUAACGAUAAUUCAGAAUUUCGAAAAUUAAGUGAUUAUAUUCCAAACAUAUUGAAAAUAUCUUCAACUACAGAUGUACCAGCUGAUUGUAUGGCUUGGUUUGAACCACAAGCACAUUGCAAAGGAUAUUACACUUAUCAAGGAUCGUUGACCACUGAACCAUAUACUGAGAAUGUAACAUGGAUCAUUUAUCCAAAUCCUAUUACCGUUUCUGCCGAACAGGUGUCAAUAUUUCGUAAAUUACAAUCAUGUCAUCGAUGUGAAAAGAAAACCAUCAAGAAAAAUAUACGACCAAUUCAACAAAAUGAAAAAGAUAAUCAUGAAAUAAUAUUUGCACGUGCACACAAACCAAUCAUUACUGCUUGACCUUCCAAUAUUAACAAAAACUGUAAAAGAAGAUGGAAAUUUAAAAAUAACUCACAAUUAUUAUCAAUCUUCCCAGCGUUUAGUUGGAUUUGUAAAAAUAAACAUAAAAUAUAUAAACCUAAAAGAUAAUUAUUUAUUGCAGGAUGUAUCAAAAUCAUUGUACUUAAGGUCGAGGACAAGAGCACAUUUUGGAAACGCGAUCAGAUAAAAUAUCUUUUUUUAUUAGAUCUUUAUGGAAGCUAAAUCUUCUUUAGGCGCGAUAGGAACUUUUGGGAUGGGGAAAAAGCCCUGAACUCGUCUGACCAUCACGCUGACGUUCGAAACUAAACGCUAUAGGUAAAUUCCAUCUGAAUUGAACCUACCUGGUGGAUUAGUGGUAUCACUGCUGGACUGUCAUUCAAAAAAAACCUGCGGUCGAAAUCCAAUUCAGUCUAAAGAUUUUUUUAUUACUUAAAAUAAUUUUCUAAACCCAACAAUAAUUUCAAUUUACAAAU